CGUUUCGCGACGAACAUUACUUCGAGUCAUUACAUAUCACGUGUCAAACGAUCGUUAAUAGAUUUGCAUGUGUUUCACAACUCGAAUCAGUCACAAAGAAAUACGAGAAAAAUAUUCUCGGAAUAAUAACAGUCAUAUCGCGCAAAAAACUGGCGUUAGCAAAUGCAAAGAUACUUUCAUUCGAAGCGAAAAAACAAGCGAUCUCUUGUCACCGAAAUAUUUUCCUCGUAGAGAUGAAGUCUGUCAAACGCGAGGAUCUAAGAUAGAGAUGAACAACGGGAGAAAGACGUGAUACGUUAUCAACUCAGUUUUUUAAAAUUAACGUUUGGAUGCGCGAAAAAUGCGGUAUAGGUCCUUAAUAAUAUAGUAACGAUGGGAAUCGGCAAGAAGAAAAGGAGAAAAAGAAAGACUUGCAGAAAGAAAUAUAUACAAAAAUAAAAAAAAAAUACAAGUGCAGUAUGGAUAGUGUAAAGGAAGAAGAAUCCAUGAAAUUACGAAAUUUUUGGAAUAAUUAAGUACGACGCGAAGAAGGACGAAUCGAUCUCGACUUGCCAAAUGCUUAUACGUGUGUAGGUCCAACUUCUCGAUCGAUGAGUCAGCCUAUGAAACUUGCUUGGCGAUGAUCAACAGUGAGAAUUAUCCUCUUCAAUAGAUUACACCUGAUGAAAAAAAUGGCAACAACAAAUUACGAAAUUGCGAGAGAAAGGCGCAAGUUCUAUCGUCGAGGAAUGAAUCAAGACAUCGUGUCGUCUGAAUCAUCCGACUCAAGAUCGAACUUGGAAUCGGAAUCAAGAUCGAAACAGCACGAUAAUAAAAAAUCUUUGAGCUGCAAACAAACUUGUUUAGCGCAUAAAACGGAUAAUACCGAAGUCGUAAGAUGUGUAAUCGUAUCCGAAAGCAACGAAGAAAAUAACUCCAACAAUGAAGAUGCGGAUCGCUCGGAGUCUGAACGAAUCAUGGUGCCAUCCGAUCCAUCCGAGUGGAAUUCCAGUCACAUAGCCUCGUGGAUCUCGUGGUGCAGCCGGACAUUCUCUUUGAGACCGAUUGCUGCAAUACUUCCGCCGACCGGAAAGGAAUUGCUAAAACUGUCCCUGCGAGAUUGGCAGAAGAUCGGCAGCGGGACGGAGGGUCGCAUCCUGGCGCGACACUUGGGCUACCUUCACCUACAAGCGACCGGCGUACACACUCCCGAUUUAUUGCAAGAGAACGAGAGCAGUGUUGAGAGGUUCAGCCUCCUACAACGAACUUGCUCGCUGAUUGGAUCGACGGCUGGAGCCGGCAGCUCGGGGGCGGUCGGAGGCGGACAGGUCCAGCUCUGGCAAUUCCUGCUGGAACUACUCUCGGAUACGUCCAACGCGUCCUGUAUCGCGUGGGAGGGCUCGAACGGGGAAUUUAAGCUCACCGAUCCGGACGAAGUCGCGCGUCGAUGGGGCGAGCGCAAGAGCAAGCCGAAUAUGAAUUACGAUAAACUGUCACGCGCGUUAAGAUAUUAUUACGACAAGAAUAUAAUGACGAAAGUUCACGGUAAACGUUACGCUUACAAGUUCGAUUUUCAUGGUUUGAUGAUGGCUUGUCAGUCACAAGCCGGCAUUAUGACGUUGGAGGCAUCAACAUCGUCGCGUUUGACAAACAGCAACUGUCAUCCUCAUCACCAAGCUCAUCGUACUCAUCGCUUAUAUCCAGUGGGGCCGUCGCCUGCUCAACACUCUGUACAAUCCUCGUCCUUACAAUCGGGAUCAACACCGUCCACGCAACAACUACCGCCGCCACCACCAGCACCACCGCCACCGCAACCACCACCACCACCACCGCCACCCCCGUCAUCGCUACCACAUUAUUGUUGGCCGUAUCACCGAUGUUCGCCUCCGACAUAACAUAGUCUGCAAUCGCUAGGCAUGUGCAGUUACUUUGACUGACUAUUAGUGUCAAUUUCAAUGGACGAUGAUUCGCGCUCAUUCCAUUUAUUUCAUCCGUCUCUCUUUUUUUUGAUCAUAGAUUGAUCAUAGAUUGCAAUAUAUCAUUGAUAUUUGAAUAGAUAGACGGAGCAUUAUCUAUCGAUUAAGACGAAGAGGGAGGCUUUGAUAUUCGCGGGGAGACUCUAUGAACUUCGGUUAAAUUCGGUUAUUCCCGAUAAUGAUUGGUUAAUAAUUCAUUGAAAUCAAAGUUCAGCUCAUAUGUAUUGUGCGAAGUUGUGUUGUGACUAAUGUCAUAUUAUUUUUAAAUUUAUAUAUAUUAUUUAAUAUUAUUAUAUUUUCAUAUUAUUUUUAUAUUUAGCGACAUUAGCGAUUUUCUCUAAAUAAACACUGUUUAAACAUUUCUGUGAAGAUCUAGUUGAGAAUCGAUGAUGUCAAUUAAAUCGUCAUGUAAUGUCAAAUUGUGCCGAAUAUAGUCGAACGUUGAUGGAAUUAACCGAAAUUCAUGCACUCUCCCCUUACUGCAUUUAUCAGUUAUCCCUCUCAAUGCAAUAUAUCAUUGCCGACUUUUGAAAUGAAAGAAACAUUGUCAAAGUUUGUGACUUUUAAAUGAAAAAUUAAGUACAUUAAAAUGUUGCACAGCAAAUCUCUUGUUUUAUUUCAAAAUCGGCAAUAUGUGUAUGAGUGUAUUGCAAUCUAUGUUCAAAUGAUUUAAUAGCUUUUUUUAUAUCAAGUAAUUUAUAGCAAACAAUUUAUUAUUUAUAUUUAUAUUUUUCACUUAAAAAUCCUAAAACUUUCCUGGAUGAAUUAUACAUAAUA